GUUCCGCGGAUCUUGUAGAAAAGCUGUCGUGCCACUUUGUAGUCGCGGGCCGGCGAUCGCGGGAGCCCGCCGCGUUUCCUCGUGGGAAGAUAAUAUUCGAUCGAUCGCGAACCCGCCGAACAGAAAUUCGAUUUCGAUCGUUCCACUUUCGCCGGGGGCCGUGUCGCGACUCCGACGUUUCACCUGGAUUUAAGGACAAGCGGCGAGCGUCCCGCCGCGAAUCCUCGCGCGGAUCUCGAGAGGAUCUCUAGCGGAUCUCUAGCGGAUCUCCAGCGGUCAGCGUUCACCGUUUGUUCCGGUUGCAAAAGCGAACAGUUCGACGAUGGACAGCGCGGAGGUUUGCGAUCGAGACAGUUUGCGGUUCGACGAGGCCUGUCUGCGACUGCGAAAUCAACACGGGGAUCGGGACGCAUGGAUCUACUGGCUCUCCUCGGACUGCGCCGCGUGCCCGUACACUCGCGUCAAGCAGCUCGCAGCGAACUCGAGCUCCAGCAUCACGAUCGACACUCUCAAGUCGUCCACAUUGAGGGUCCUUGACGGCGAUGAUCCGAACGAAUACUUGUCCACGAAAAACAUUAGCAACGUGAUCUGCGAGCUGACGCCGAACCUAGGACAAUUCGGUGUCUACGAGCUGUCGGUUCGAUCGGAUGGCUGCGACGUCGAAGUGUUGACGGCACCCACGUACGUUUACACAGAGCUGUUCGUUAUUUUCGGGGUACUGAUAGUCGCCUUGUUCGGCCUGUCCAGCCUGAAAUUGUUAUGGCAUCUGUGCCGGAAGAAGUGCGCGAGACAUCAGGUGGACGACGCGACGAGCCAGCCCGUGAAACGUCGUGUGAAAGCAAUCGAUACAGUUCGAGGGGCGAGCAUUUUGUUAAUGAUAUUCGUAAAUGACGGAUCCGGUGGCUACAAGAACUUGGGCCACGCCACUUGGAACGGAUUGCUGCUCGGAGACCUGGUCUUCCCAUGCUUCAUAUGGAUCAUGGGGGUGUGCAUACCCGUGGCGCUGGCUGGUCAGAUAAAACGCAUGAAACCUAGGGUCGACAUCAUGAAAGGGAUCGUUAAGAGGAGCGUCCUGCUGUUUUUGAUCGGCGUGUCGUUGAACACGGCGAGCGUGGGUGCUCAACUCGAGACGAUCCGAAUAUUCGGCGUCCUACAACGAUUCGGCCUCACUUACCUAAUCGUCGCCUUGACCUAUCUAUGUCUGAUGAAGAAGCGGCCGGCGAAGUCGCAGUCUCCCAUGCUACGCGAGGUGCAAGACGUCUACGUGUUGCUGCCCCAAUGGUGCGUGAUGCUCGCCAUUGUCGCAGUCCACUGCGUCCUGACGUUCUGCCUGAACGUCCCCGGAUGUCCCACCGGAUACCUCGGUCCCGGCGGUCUGCACGACGAUGGGAAGCACUACGACUGCGUCGGCGGGGCAGCCGGCUACAUCGACAGGGUAGUGCUCAAAGAACCUCAUUUGCAUCACUCUCCGUCCGUUUACAAUGCCGGCCCCUACGAUCCCGAAGGGAUUUUAGGUACGCUUACGUCAACGUUCCACGUGUUCCUCGGACUGCACGCCGGCAUAAUUAUGAUGUCGUACAAGGACUGGAAAGCCCGGGUGAUUAGGUGGCUCGCGUGGGCUGCAGUGUUCGGCUGCAUCGGCUGCACCCUCCAUUUCACCAACCUGAUCCCGGUCAACAAGCACCUAUGGUCGCUGUCGUUCGUGUUCGUCACGACGUCCUUCUCUCUCGCGCUGCUGACCGUGUGUUACCUGCUCGUGGACGUUGUCAACCUGUGGAACGGCGGUCCUUUCCGAAUCCCCGGCAUGAACCCGCUGCUGUUAUACGUCGGCCACAUGCUGUGCUAUCAAAUCUUCCCGUUCCAUUGGAGCUACGGCAACAUGGAGAGCCGCGGGCUGCGUUUGCUAGAGUCGAUUUGGUGCGUUGGCUUGUGGACGGCGAUCGCGUACAUCAUGCACAAGAAACGAACGUACAUUUCGCUGUGAAACAUUCUGAAGAUUCUCGAAGAAACACCUUCCCGUUCCACUGGUUUUUAAUUGUCGAGAGGUCGUGGGUCUCCUACGGUCUCUAUGGUGCUAAUCCUUGUGACCCUCGAACCCUUCUGAUCCUUUCGACCUUACGUCCUCGGGAUUUUCACGAUCACCGCGACCGCCGCCUUGCAAUUUUUGCGACACUUACGCUCCCCGCGAUUUUUGUAAUUCGCGUGCGACACCUUUACGGUACUUGAGAUCAUUAUAGUUUUUAUAAACUUCA